GUUGGGUCAGAGGUUACCAAUAUGUCCGACUGUUGGGGGGCCUAGUGACUGACAGCUGAUUGCAGACUUACUUCAGUUAAACUGUUUGAAGUGAGAGCAAGUCCGAUGGCUACCAGUAAGAAGCUAGCACUUACCAACAACAGUAAACAAAACGAGGCUAUCCUCAAAGAAAGAGUAAAAGAGCUUGAAGAUGAGGUGACAAGUCUGAGAAAGCGGCUAGAUGAUUUGAGGAAAGCUAAGAACACAACCGUUCUGAAGAGAGAGAGAGAAGUUUUGGAAGUGGGGACACCAUUUAGUAAACGGGAGACAACAGUAAAGGCAGCACCUGCUUCAGCUCCACAGAAUCCUCCGGAUAAUCGUAACAAAGAGAUCGAAGAACUCCGGAAAAAAUUUGCUGCUGAGGUUGAACUGUUAAAGAAACAGGAGAGUUCCUGUGACCACGAGGUUGUGAUUGAGGCAUUGCAAGGACAUGUCGGUAGUUUAGAGGCCGAUAAUGCAGCACUGGUAAUAGAAAAUACAGAUCUGAAAGAUAGAGUUAACUCCCUUGUCACAGAUCUCAGCAUAAAGGAGGCUAAUUGGUGUGAAAUGGAGGAGAAACUCAGGAUACAGAUAAAUAAGGCGUGGGGCGAUAAGUACAGGGAAUGGAUGGAAAAAACAGAGGGCAAGAUCACAGAGCUUCAACAGACUAACACACUACUGCGGGGCUACCUGAAAAAUCACAAACCAGGAGAUCCAGACCCUACAAGAAGAGACCCAAACAUGUGAUUCUGACUUUCUGGUGCUUCAAAAUCAUACCUAAUGUGACAGCAUUGAGCCUUGACCUUUACAGGAUGUCCUCAUCUGUAUAAUGAAACCCUAAGUGUAAACAGACAAUGAAGGAAAAGCUCAAGUUCAAAUUCCUUCCCUCUCAAUUGUUUGGUGAUAAAGAUGUAUAAAUAUGAAAUGUUUGAUGUGAUAGAACUAUGAUUUGCUAUGUUUUUGGUCGAUAAGGAACCACAAAAAUAGAUUGAUGUACGUUAUGUAUAUCAAAAUGCUUAAACUUUUAAAAUACUAUUUACUUUGUAAGGAAUUAUUAAUCUACGAAGUUUGUACCUCAAAACUAAAUAGCUCAAUAAACCCACAGAAAGGAAGUUCCCAUAACUGUUUAGGAUAUGAAAAUACAACAAAAUAAGGAGUAUUCUGGUGAUUUUCACUCAAAACUAUUUUUUGAAUAUCUGUCAUUGGUUCUAUGUGUAAAUCAUAAUUGCUAUAGGAUAUGAAUACAUUACAUACAUUCUGGUGACUUUCACUA